UAUAUAACACCUUGGAUCAUUAAAUGAAUACCCUUGAGCCGAUUAACAGAAAAAGCACAGAAUCCUCUGAACCCAGAUCACACAGGUCUGAAUUUUCUGACCACCCUUUUUCAUUCUCCGCUAUUAUUCAAGUGCAAAAUUCGUGGCGGAUAGUAUCAUUGCCAAUCAUAGAUUGGCAAAAAUGGCCGAGGAGAAUGGCUUGAAUGGAGAAAUAAGCACCCACAAGGCCACUGCAUCAACAAGCCAUUCACCAGUAACAGAGACAGAUAGAAAGAAUGACCAAGGGAAGACCAAUGGCCAACAUGAUCCAGAAAAGAACAAGGGAGGAGAUGAGGCCACUAAUACUGUUCCAUAUUACAAGCUCUUUGCCUUUGCGGAUUCCAAAGAUGUUGUGUUGAUGGUCAUUGGCACAAUUGGAGCUCUUGGAAAUGGAACCUCCUUGCCCCUUAUGACUGUACUUUUUGGGGAGCUGGUUGAUUCUUUUGGACAAAAUGCAAACAACAACAAUGUAGUUCAUGUAGUCUCCAAGGUAUCCUUAAAAUUUGUUUAUUUGGCCAUGGGCGCUGGCAUUGCAUCAUUAUUCCAGGUGGCUUGUUGGAUGGUUGCAGGAGAAAGGCAAGCAUCACGAAUAAGGAAUCUGUAUUUGAAAACUAUAUUGAGACAAGAUAUAGGCUUCUUCGACAAAGAAACUAACACGGGAGAAGUUAUUGGGAGGAUGUCAGGUGACACUGUCCUUAUUCAAGAUGCCAUGGGUGAGAAGGUUGGCAAAUUUAUACAGCUGACAGCAACGUUCAUAAGUGGCUUUAUAGUAGCUUUCAUUAAAGGGUGGCUUCUUACCCUUGUUAUGGUGGCAACUAUUCCUGCUCUUGUGAUCUCUGGUGCAGCCAUGUCCAUCGUAAUAUCUAAGAUGGCAUCUCGUGGACAAACUGCUUACUCACAAGCAUCGGUUGUGGUGGAACAAACAAUUGGGUCAAUCAGGACAGUUGCAUCAUUUACUGGAGAGAAGCAAGCUAUAGCCAAGUAUGAUAAAUCUCUAAAUAGUGCAUACAAAUCUGGUGUCCAUGAAGGCUUGGCUGCUGGAAUAGGUCUUGGUGCGGUUAUGUUUAUCGUAUUCUGUAGUUAUGCUUUGGCCAUAUGGUAUGGCGCAAAGCUGAUACUCGAUAAAGGAUAUACAGGUGGUAAUGUCAUAAACAUAAUUAUUGCUGUCCUAUCUGGCUCUCUAUCUCUAGGUCAGGCAUCUCCAUGUCUGGCUGCUUUUGCUGCUGGACAAGCUGCUGCAUUUAAAAUGUUUGAGACAAUCAAUAGGAAACCAGACAUAGAUUCAUAUGACACUAAUGGGCGUACAUUAGAUGAUCUUCAUGGAGAUAUUGAAUUAAGGGAUGUUUGCUUCAGUUAUCCGGCUAGACCAGAUGAGCAAAUAUUCAAUGGAUUCUCUCUGUUCAUACCUAGUGGUAUGACUGCAGCUUUGGUUGGGCAGAGUGGAAGUGGGAAAUCCACAGUGAUCAGUUUGAUAGAGAGAUUUUAUGAUCCACAAGCUGGUGAAGUUCUUAUAGAUGGUAUAAAUCUGAAGGAGUUUCAGCUAAGAUGGAUUAGAAAGAAAAUCGGGCUCGUGAGCCAGGAACCUGUUCUAUUUGCUUCCAGCAUUAAAGAUAAUAUUGCCUAUGGGAAGGAUGGUGCAACUAUGGAAGAAAUCAAAGCAGCGGCUGAACUUGCAAAUGCAGCCAAAUUCAUAGACAAACUGCCUCAGGGACUAGACACCUUGGUUGGUGAGCAUGGAACUCAGUUGUCUGGGGGACAGAAGCAAAGGGUUGCCAUAGCUAGAGCAAUUCUAAAAGACCCGCGUAUUCUACUUCUAGAUGAAGCUACAAGUGCACUUGAUGCAGAGUCUGAGCGGAUUGUGCAAGAGGCACUUGACAGGGUAAUGGUAAACCGAACUACUGUUAUUGUCGCCCAUCGCUUAAGCACAGUGAGGAAUGCUGAUAUGAUUGCUGUUAUUCACCGAGGAAAGAUUGUUGAAAAAGGUUCACAUACUGAACUACUCAAAAAUAGUGAUGGAGCCUACUGCCAGCUUAUACGGUUGCAAGAAAUGAACCAAGAGUCAGAACAUAAUGCCAUCAAUGAUCAAGACAAACCAGAGCUUACAGUGGAAUCGGGAAGGCAUUCAAGCCAACGCAUGUCUUUAUUAAGAUCCAUAAGUCGUGGAUCAUCUGGAAUUGGAAAUAGCAGCCGGCAUUCAUUCUCAGUCUCAUUUGGCUUACCUACAGGGCUCAACAUCCAGGAAACCAUGUCAGAAAAAUCUAAUACCCUUCCUGAAGAACCACCGAAACAGCCCAAAGAAGUCUCAAUCCGCCGCCUUGCACAUCUCAACAAACCAGAGAUCCCGGUGAUGUUACUUGGUGUUUUGUCUGCAAUCGUCAAUGGCUCUAUAUUUCCAGUUUUUGGUAUAUUAAUUUCCAGUAUAAUCAAAACCUUCUAUGAGCCACCAAGUGAGCUUCGUAAGGAUUCACGAUUUUGGGCUUUGAUGUUUGUUGUCCUUGGGCUGGCUUCAUUAGUGGCAUCUCCUGCACGAACAUACUUUUUUUCCGUGGCUGGGUGUAGGUUAAUAAGACGGAUACGGUCAAUGUGCUUUGAAAAGGUGAUUCACAUGGAGGUUGGUUGGUUUGAUAAUCCUCAGAACUCGAGUGGUGCAAUUGGUGCAAGGCUAUCUGCAGAUGCAGCAACUGUCCGCAGCCUGGUUGGUGAUGCACUGGCUCUGCUUGUUCAGAACACUGCAACAGCAAUUGCUGGUUUGGUUAUUGCUUUCCAAGCAAGCUGGCAGCUGGCUCUUAUAAUCCUUGUUUUGAUUCCUCUGAUAGGAAUUAGUGGAUGGGCUCAGAUGAAAUUUAUGAAAGGAUUCAGUUCAGAUGCAAAGAUGAUGUAUGAGGAAGCAUGCCAAGUGGCUAAUGAUGCGGUUGGGAGUAUUAGAACGGUUUCUUCUUUUUGUGCAGAGGAGAAAGUGAUGCAAUUAUACAAAAAGAAAUGUGAAGGCCCUAUGAAGGCAGGAAUAAGACAAGGGUUAAUUAGUGGAGUUGGUUUUGGGCUGUCAAAUUUCUUGCUGUUCUGUGUAUAUGCAACCAGUUUCUAUGCUGGAGCCCGACUUGUUGAGGAUGGAAAGACAACUUUCACCAAGGUUUUUCGUGUAUUUUUUGCUCUUACAAUGGCAGCUAUUGGAAUUUCUCAAUCCAGUGGUUUUGCACCUGAUGCUAGCAAGGCCAAGACUUCCACUGCCUCAAUAUUUGCAAUUCUGGAUAGGAAAUCAAAGAUAGAUCCAAGUGAUGAGUCUGGGAUGACAUUAGACAACAUAAAGGGAGAAAUAAAGUUUCAGCAUGUCAGCUUUAAGUAUCCUACCAGGCCUGAUAUUCAAAUUCUCCGAGAUCUGUGCUUGGCAAUUAAUUCUGGGAAGACAGUUGCUUUGGUUGGAGAAAGUGGGAGUGGGAAAUCAACAGUUAUCUCGUUGUUGCAGAGGUUUUACGACCCUGAUUCAGGUGACAUUACACUAGAUGGGGUUGAUAUUCAAAGGUUUCAGUUGAAGUGGCUGAGGCAGCAGAUGGGUCUAGUGAGCCAAGAACCUGUCUUGUUCAAUGACACCAUCAGAGCCAACAUAGCAUAUGGAAAGGAAGGAAAUGCAACAGAGGCUGAAAUUUUAGGUGCAGCCGAGUUGGCAAAUGCCCACAAGUUUAUCAGUGGGUUGCAACAGGGGUAUGAUACCAUGGUAGGGGAACGAGGCGUCCAAUUGUCAGGUGGUCAGAAGCAAAGGGUCGCAAUUGCACGGGCUAUAGUAAAGGGACCAAAGAUUUUACUACUUGAUGAAGCGACAAGCGCGCUGGAUGCCGAGUCAGAACGAGUGGUACAGGAUGCAUUGGACCGAGUUAUGGUGAACAGGACGACGAUUGUGGUGGCCCACCGGUUGUCUACCAUUAAAGGUGCAGACCUAAUAGCAGUUGUUAAAAAUGGGGUAAUCGUAGAGAAAGGAAAGCAUGAAAAAUUAAUAAACAUCAAGGAUGGUGCCUAUGCUUCUUUAGUUGCGCUUCACACGAGUGCCAAUGCCUCCUCUUAGUCUAGUCUUCAGAUUCUGGGUACAGAGAGAGAGAGAACGAGAUGCUCUCCUUUUUUUUUUUCUCUUUUUUGUAUUCCUUUCUGGAGCCCCCAAUUGAAUUUCUGAUAAAUCAAUGCUAAUUAAAUAGUAAAUACACAGAGAAAGAACAGAAUAGGCGUGGACCGUGGAGAGUUUCUAAUUCUUCGCCUUCUCAUAGCCACUCCAUUUGCAAAUUAAUUCAAUGAGCUGAGUUUUCAGUUGAAAUAUAUAUUUCUUUCACUA